AUGUGCAGUGGUAGUGGUGGCUGGUUAAUGAAGCAACAGCUGAACAACUACGGUUAUGCGUCGUCGUCGUCAUUGAACAGUGUCCCGUCUUCAGCAAUUAAUCUCCUACAACAACCAAAAUAUUUCGAUUGUAUUUCAUCGUCCCCUAUUGCAAGAAGCGAGUUCGAACAACGUCAAGACGCUGUCAGGUAUAUUCAUUCAUUCAGUUACCAUGUAGUUCAGCUGCAUGUGAAGGAGACGCAUCUAAUGGCCUUGGCUUCAGCUCAGAUUUGCGUAUUGAGCUUGAGUGCGUGA